UUGGUAUUAGUUAAUAGUUAUGUAUAUUACUAGCAAUUUGCUAUAUUAAAAGGUAAAAUUAAAAAUAUAGAUUUCAUUUACCAUUUACUGCUCUAGUUUCAAAGAACAAUAAAAUGACAUGUAUCAGUCAAGAUGGAAAAUUCAGUUUGGGAGAACAUACAUUGUCAGUGCCCAUGGAACUCUAUAAACUUAAUCGAGAAAGACUUUGUAAACGUCUUAAAGAAGUUGUGGACAAGGAUGCUUAUGUACUAUUACAAGGUGGUUCAAAUAUAUCCCAUUAUUGUACUGAUGUAGAUUAUGUAUUUAGACAGGAACCCUACUUUCAUUGGGCUUUCGGGGUCAGUGAACCUGAUUGUUAUGGUUUGAUACAUGUAUCCAGCGGCGAAGCGCAUUUGUUUUUCCCGAGAGUCGAAGAGGCGCACACAGUAUGGCUGGGUAAACCGUUGUCCUUAGAUGAAUACAAAUGUCGCUAUAAGGUCAACUACGCGUCAUAUGCUGACACGCUUGGUGAAACACUGAAUGCAUUAAAACCUUCACUGAUAUUGACUUUGUAUGGAAAAAACACAGAUAGUGAUAAGACAUGUAAAGAAGCACAUUUCGAAGGAAUAGACAAGUUUACAUUGGACAACAAAAUAUUACAUAAAAUCAUAGCAGAUUGCCGUGUUAUCAAAACUGAUUAUGAAAAAGAAGUCAUGAGGUACGCAACGAAAGUUACCUGCAACGCUCACAAGUCCGUGAUGGCGAAGUGUAAGCCGAUCAUGUACGAAUAUCAAUGCGAAGCCAACUUUCUUCAUUACGCUUAUUAUGUUGGGGGGUGCAGGCACGUGGGCUAUAACAACAUAUGCUGUUCAGGUAUGAACGGCGCCAUCUUGCACUACGGACAUGCCAUGGAACCCAACUCUAAAGAGAUACAUGACGGCGACAUGUGUCUGUUUGACAUGGGAGCAUCAUACAGUGGCUAUACGGCAGACGUGACUGUAUCGUUUCCGGCUAAUGGAAAGUUCACCGAUGAUCAACGCGCGAUUUACAAUGCUGUGCUUGCGGCCAGUCGUGCCGUUAUGAAUGCCAUAAAACCAGGCGUUUCCUGGGUGGACAUGCACAUACUGGCCAACAAAGUCACGCUUAGARAGCUGCGUGAAAUUGAUUUACUUCGUGGUGACGUCGACGAAAUGUAUGAAGCAGGUCUCGGCGCCAUAUUCCAACCACACGGGCUGGGGCAUCUACUGGGAAUCGACGUGCACGAUGUUGGCGGUUAUUUGGAAGGAUAUCCGGACAGGCCGCUAAAGCCAGGCGUUAAGUCCCUGAGAACGGCUAGAAACUUGGAAGAAGGCAUGGCACUCACAGUUGAGCCAGGGUGUUAUUUUAUCGAACCGCUGUUAAAGCGGGCUCUCAAUGAUCCAAUACAAUCCAAGUUCUUGAAUGAAAAAGUGCUAAAACGGUUUUGGAAGUUUGGUGGCAUCCGCAUUGAAGACAACAUUUUCGUUACAAAACAUGGAAUAGAAAACUACACCCCAGUACCAAGAACUGUCGAAGAAAUCGAAGAGUGGAUGAGUAAAAAAGAAGCAGUCGCUUAAAUAUAUAUCAUCGAAUACAAUAUGUUACGCCAUUUAAUUAUACUAAUUGAUUAACAAUAGGUAUUACUUAUAAUAUAAUAGCCAAAUGGGAAAUUUUUAAAAACAA